UCGACCACUAAUCGAUAAGUGCUCCGCCAGCCCUGGUCCAUUUCCAUAACAUCUCUGUUUCGUAGCACACUGAAUAGAACCAAAUUGAAAAAAUGGCGAGUUUGGCUACCAAGGGAUCAGGACUUGUGAACAGGCUCCUUACUCAGGCGAGGCCACAACUGGACGUGUUCCUGAAAUACGCCAAGGUGGAGCUGACGCCCCCGACGCCCGCCGACAUUCCGGCCAUCCGCCAGGGACUCGGCAAUAUCCUCAAGGGAGCCAAGACCGGCGCCUACAAGAACCUCACCGUUCGCGAGGCCUGGCUUAACACUUUGGUGACCGCCGAGGUCAUCUUCUGGUUCUACAUCGGCGAGUGCAUCGGCAAGCGCCACAUUGUGGGCUACAACGUCUAAUCUUAGUUAUGUCUCCGCUUGGUAGUCACUGGAAUGGCAAACGAUACAUUUCGACUCUGAAUAAAGUGAAAAUUGUAGUAACUUAGAAAUCCGAAAAUUUCAA